AACUUGUUUAUGUCUCGAUUAUAAUAAGAGAUGUAUAAAAGGAUUAUAAAGAUGAAAUCAUUGUUAGUGUGUGUUCGCAGCCAUGAAGCGGUCGUUGUUUUUAGUUUUUGGGAUUGCCCUGGCUCUUGGAGAUGCUACAGAGAGAGUACGUAGAUACAGCGGCGGUGGCGGUGGCGGGGGUGGUUUCGGUUUCGGCGGAGGGCUUGGCUUUGGCGGAGGAGGAGGAGGCGGCGGCGGUGGAGGAGGAGGUUUUGGAGGAGGUUCAGGAGGCGGCUUUGACGGUGGUGCAGGACUAGCUGGUGGCCUGGGCGCUAUACACCAAGGAGUGCAUAGCAUUCUCGAUAAAGCCCACGGACUUGCAAAGGCUGGACUUGGAUUAGGUGCUGGUGGAGGCGGUGUAUUGGGAGGUGGCGGCGGAUUAGGCGGUGGCGCUGGAUUCGGAGGUGGAUCUGGAUUGGGCGGCGGAUCUGGAUUGGGUGGCGGUUCAGGAUUAGGAGGAAAAGGAACAGAGAAAUUCAUACAAACUUCGUCACCUGAUGGCAAAUCUGGAGGCUUCGCUUUCACUGGAACACUUGAGAAUGGCGGAUACGGCGGCGGCGGUGGCUACAGCAGCGGUGGUUCAGGCUAUGGCGGCGGCAAAGGUUUCGGAGGUGGAAGUGGAAGUGGCCUAGGCGCUGGUGCUGGAGGCGGAUUGGGAGGUUCAGGCGGUUCUGGAGGAUAUGGUGGCAGUGGUAGCGGUGGAAAUGGAAAUGGCGGUGGCUUUGGAGGUGGAGCCGGUGGAGGUGCCGGUGGUGGACUCGGCGGUGGAAAAGGAUUUGGAGGCUCAGGAGGUUAUGGCGGCUCUGGUUCUAGUGGAAGUGGAGGAUCUGGCUACGGUGGAGUUGGAGGCGGAUCAGGAAGUGGAUUAGGCGGAGGCCAUGGUGGUGGUUCUGGAGGAGGAUUAGGAGGCGGAGCUGGAAACGGCGGCGGCCUUGGUCUGGGCAUAUCAGCAAGUUUGGGUGGAAGUAUCAGUGGAAGUGGAGGUUCUGGCGGAUAUGGAUCUAAAGGAUUUGGAGGAUCCGGUGGUCAUGGCGGCGGCCUUGGUGGCGGAUCCGGCGGUGGAUUCGGUGGAGGAGCCGGCGGUGGUCUCGGAGGAGGUUCAGGAUUGGGAGGUGGUAAAGGCGCCAGCUAUGGUGGAUCAAGUGGAGGAUUAGGCGGUGGUUCUGGUUUGGGAGGAGGAAAUGGCGGUGGUUUCGGAGUCUCCGGUGGAUUUGGAGGUGGAGCAGGAGGUGCCGGUGGUUCUGGAAUCGGAGGAGGCUCCGGAGGCGGCCAUGGCUCUGGUCUAGGAGGUGGCAACGGCGGCGGAUUCGGUGGAUCUGGAGCUGGUGGUUCAGGAGGAAGGUUUGGAAGUUCUGGCUCCGGUGGAUACGGAGGAGGAGCAGGUUUAGGCGGUGGCAAUGGAGGCGCCGGUGGUUAUGGAUCUGGAGGAUCUGGUGGUUAUGGAGGUGGCGCCGGAGGAUCAAGUGGUUUUGGAGGUGGUUCUGGAGGAGGAUUAGGAGGUGGCUCUGGAAGUGGAUUGGGCGGUGGAGCCGGUGGAGCUGGUGGAUAUGGAUCUAAAGGCAGCGGAGGAUCUGGUGGCUAUGGAGGUGGCGCUGGAGGAUCUGGCGGUUAUGGAGGUGGUGCUGGAGGAUCUGGUGGUUAUGGAGGUGGUCUUGGAGGUGGAGCAGGAGGUGGAGCAGGAGGUGGAGCAGGAGGUGGACUCGGAGGUGGACUUGGAGGUGGUCUCGGAGGUGGAGCAGGAGGUGGAUUAGGCGGUUCUGGCAGUGGUGGUUAUGGCGGAUCUGGUGCUGGUGGCAAGAGCUGCGGCUCCGGUGGUUGUGGAGGCUGUAGCUCAUGCGGUUCAGGAGGUGCCCACAGCACUGCAUAUGCGAGUGCAUCAGCAUCAGCCAGCGCCCAUGCGGGCAGUUACGGCAAAUAAAACUCAUUAUUGUUUUGAGAAACAUUUAACAAUGUAACGAAGCGUUUUAAUUGUUAAGGAACUUAAAAACUGUGAUUAUUAUUGUACUACUUUUAGUUAAGAAUUAGUUAAUAUAUUAUUUCAGAUUUUUUAUUA